AUGACUACCACGCAUCUUUCACCCUCGGAAGCAAACAACUAUGAUUAUAUCAUUGUCGGUGGUGGCACUGCUGGUUGCGUUGUUGCCAGCAGACUCUCCGAGUAUCUGCCACAUGCCAGUGUUCUUCUCAUUGAGGCGGGCCCAAGUGAUUUCAUGAAUGACAAGGUGCUCAAAUUGAAAGAGUGGUUGACUCUCCUGGGUGGCGAACUCGAUUACGACUAUGGUACGACAGAACAGCCGAUGGGUAAUUCACAUAUUCGACAUUCCCGUGCCAAGGUCCUUGGUGGCUGCUCGUCCCAUAAUACCCUCAUAUCGUUCCGUCCAUUGGAAUAUGAUCUUGCUCGAUGGGCAGAACUGCUCGGCAACCAACAAGGGAAGGAGAACUGGACGUUUUCUGAGUUCACCAGGAUUCUGGACGGACUCCGUAACACCGUAAACCCUGUACACGCGAGACACAGAAACCAGCUCUGCAGAGACUGGGUUGACUCAUGCUCUACUGCCCUGGAAAUCCCGGUCAUCCGCGACUUCAAUCGCAGGAUAACCAAAAAGGGCAAUUUGCACGAAGGGGUAGGAUUUUUCAGUGUGGCAUAUAGUCCUGACACAGGACAUCGUAGCUCUGCGUCUGUGGCAUACAUCCACCCGAUAUUACGAGGGGAUGAGCGGCGGCCAAAUCUUACGAUCGUAACGAACGCCUGGGUUGACCAGCUGAAAGUCGACCGCCAAACUCAUACAGCCACGGGAAUCAAUGUGAUUUUCCAAUCAGGCGAGAAAAUCGCGCUCAAGGCGAAGAAAGACAUCAUAUUGUCCGCCGGUGCAGUUGACACGCCUCGACUGCUUCUCCUCUCCGGCAUCGGCCCUCAAGAUCAGCUGUCAUCUCUAGGCAUUCCCGUGGUCAAAGACAUCCCUGGAGUAGGUUCGAACCUCCUAGACCACCCUGAAACAAUCAUCUUGUGGGAACUCAACCGUCCGGUCCCUGCGAAUCAGACAACAAUGGACAGUGACGCCGGUCUUUUCCUUCACCGUGGCCCAGCGACGAACCCGUCAGACCCAAAUCACGAAGAUACAGAGGCAGCAGAUAUGAUGAUGCACUGCUACCAGAUACCUUUCUGUCUAAAUACAGCACGCUUAGGCUACGACACCCCGAUCGAUGCCUUCUGCAUGACUCCGAACAUACCGCGACCAAAGAGCAGAGGGGUCCUGUAUCUCACUUCGGCAGACCCGAAGGUCAAGCCAGCCCUAGAUUUCCGCUACUUCACUGACCCUGCCGGUCAUGAUGCAGCCGUAUUAGUGGCAGGAAUUCGAACAGCAAGGAGAGUGGCAGAGCAGCAGCCCUUCAAGUCCUGGUUGAAGCGAGAAGUUGCACCGGGGCUUGACGUGCAGAGCGAUGAGGCCAUAUCCGAGUACGCGAGGCGCGCAGCACAUACUGUCUAUCAUCCCGCUGGCACGACGAAGAUGGGUGAUUUGGAGAAUGACAGUAUGGCUGUCGUAGAUGCCGAGCUACGGCUUAAGGGUGUAAAGGGAGUCAGAAUUGCGGACGCGGGUGUAUUCCCGGAGAUGACCAGUGUGAAUCCAAUGCUGACCGUCUUAGCAAUUGGCGAGAAGUGUGCUGAGAUGCUUGCUGAAGAAGCCGGAUGGAGCAGGCAGUCUACACCAUGGGAAAGGGCGAGAUUGUGA